AUGUCUUCAAAUGAAGUUGUCAGAAGAAAAAACGAAGCUCCAGUAAAAGAAGAGUUCAUUGAUAAAAAAAGUGUUGCUAAAAUUGCGAGUGAGGCUGUAUUUGGAGAUAUCGACAAUAAUGAUGAUAAAAAAGAUUUGGAACCACCAAAAAAGAAAUCACGUGUCACAAGAAAACCAGGUCAAAAUAAAGGAAGUGCUGUUAAAAGAUAUUCAGAAUCUUUAAGAUUGUGUCACAAAACUUCACUCGAUGAAAAUUGUGAAAAUGAAUUAUGUAAAUUUAGUCAUGAUCUUCAGGAAUAUCUUCGGGUUAAAGAAAAAGAUUUAGGAAAUAAAUGUGUAAAUUUUGAGAAAUUUGGAAAAUGUCGUCAUGGAUAUGCAUGUAGAUUUGCAAAUUCACAUAUAGAUCUAAAUGGAAAACUGAUUAUUAAUGAGGAGUCAACUAUUCCCAAUAAUAAUAUUAAUGUUGAACUCGUAUCUGAAAUAAAGCUUUUAGAAAAAAAUAUAAUUGAAGAAAAAAACGUUACCACUGCUCAACUUCAUAAAACUCUUAGAAAUCGUACGUACAAAUUCCCAAAAUCUGAAGAAUAUCUUCGAGAGAUUCAAUUAGAGAUUUCUCAAAGAUUGGAGGUGGAAAAGGCAAAUAGAUUAGCAAAACAAAAUGCACAGGAUGCAUGUAUUAUUGAAUCAAGUGAUAACGAUAAAGGCGAACCAAAAUUGGAAAUUCUUGAAGAAAAUAAUGAAAGAGAUGAUAAACUAAAAGAGGAAAGAGAAGAAGCGCCUAUUAUCAUUGAGAAUAAAAUUGAAAAACAAAAUAAUGAUGAUGGAGAUAAUGUUGAAGCAUUCAUUGACAUGCCAGAUGUUCCAUUACGACAAUGUGAAAAGAAAAAAUUUUCUUUUAAGGAUAAACUUUAUUUAGCACCAUUGACUACAGUGGGAAAUCUUCCAUUUCGUCGUAUAUGUAAAGAGUUUGGAGCAGACAUUACAUGUGGAGAGAUGGCAAUGGCAACAAAUAUUCUUCAGGGGCAACAGAGUGAAUGGGCUUUGAUGAAGAGACAUGUUAGCGAAGAUAUAUUUGGUGUCCAAAUAUGUGGAAACAAAGUAGAGUAUUUAGUGAAAUGUGCAGAGGUUUUAAGUAAUGAAAUAGAAGUAGAUUUUGUUGACUUGAAUUUGGGAUGUCCAAUUGAUGUUGUUUUUAACAAGGGAGGUGGAAGUGCAUUAUUGAGACAUGAUGGAAGAUUGGGAAAAAUGUUGAGAGGAAUGAAUCGAAUAAUUGAUGUACCAAUCACAGUUAAAUUACGUACAGGAAUUUCAGAUAAAUGUUACGUUGCUCACAAAUUGAUUCCUAAAUUUGAAAAUUGGGGUGUUUCUUUAGCUACUGUUAGUAAUGGUGAUAUACUUGGAUAUGAAGAUUAUUAUCAACAUAUUGAAAAAAAUAAUAUAGAUGGAGUUAUGAUAGCAAGAGGAGCUCUGAUUAAACCUUGGAUAUUUGAUGAAAUUAAAUCAAAAAAACAUUAUGACAUUUCAUCAAAGGAAAGAUUUGAAAUUUUAAAAAAAUUUUGUGAUUAUGGUAUGGAACAUUGGGGAGCUGAUACAAUUGGAAUUAAUCAAACAAGAAGAUUUUUAUGUUUGCUUGAAGUUUUGCCACAACGAAUCAAUGAGCGACCACCUUUAUUUCACGGCAGAGAUGAAUUGGAAACAUUAUUAGCUAGUCCAAAUAGCAAUGAUUGGGUUAAAAUCAGUGAAAUGCUACUUGGGCCUACUCCUGACAAUUUCACCUUUGUACCAAAACAUAAAGCAAAUUCUUAUGAGGGUUAA